AUGGCUGCUGAGAUAGAGCAAGCCUCCCCCGACAACUCGAGUGACGACCGGAUCCCACAGUCUACUCGCGACAAUGAGACAAAGGAUGGGAAGGACACCAUUGAACCCUAUGUAGCCGAUUUGGAAGGCGAAGGAUACGAGGCCGAGAAGCAGAAACUCGUCGAGAAGGCCGAGGCUGUCGAACUCAUACCCAAUGAAGCUUUCAAUUGGAACGUUGAUGGUGACCAGUCACCUUUCCCCGAAGUAGCUGCCUGUGUGCCCAACACGGAUGAUCCCAGCAUCCCUUGCAACACAUUCCGAGCCUGGGUACUUACCACGGUCUUUGUCAUUAUCUUCGCUGGUGCCAACCAGUUCUUUGGUUUGCGAUACCCAUCUUUGACCAUAGGAUACGUCGUCGCGCAACUGCUGGUUUUCCCUAUUGGAAGAGCUUGGGAGAAACUCCCUCGAUGGCGCCUACCCCUGGGUCCGUUGUCCUUCGACUUCAACCCAGGACCAUUUUCGAUCAAGGAGCAUGCGUUGAUCGUCAUUUGCGUCAACAUUAGUUCAAGUAUUGCUUACGCCUCAGGCGCUCUCGUAGCCAUCAUCAGUCCUAUAUAUUGGAAUCAAGACAAUGGCGCGGGAUUCUCCUUCUUGUUCCUUUUGACGACGCAAAUGCUUGGCUUUGGUCUCGCAGGCCUUGCUCGUCGAUGGUUGGUCUACCCUGCUGCCUUGAUUUGGCCGUCGACAUUGGCAUCGACGGUACUCUUUCGCGCUUUGCACGAACCUCAGGAACACGUCUCAUCCAAUGGCUGGACCAUAUCGCGAUACCGCUUCUUCUCAUACUUCACCAUCUUCGCGUUUGUCAUAUUCUGGUUCCCCGACUAUCUCUGGACUAGUCUCAGCACUUUUGCAUUCAUCACCUGGAUCGUGCCACAUAACCAAAAAGUCAACACCAUCUUUGGUAUGAACUCAGGGCUCGGCCUACUGCCCAUUAGUUUCGACUGGACUCAAAUCGUCUAUGCGGGCACGCCUCUGACAACGCCUUUUUAUAUUACCUGCAACGCCUUUGCCGUUGUUCUGAUAUUCUAUUUGUUCCUGUCGCCGAUCCUGUAUUAUAACAAUGUCUGGUACAGCGCUUACUUGCCACUUCUGUCUUCAGGCACAUUCGACAACACCGGCUCAUCUUACAACAUUUCCCGUGUCGUCGACAAGAAUCUCAACUUCGUCCUAAGCAAAUAUGAAGAGUACUCCCCCAUGUACAUAUCCAUGUCAUACUCUCUCUCGUAUGCUCUGUCAUUCGCUGCGGUCACUGCCAUGGUUUUUCACACCUACCUAUACAACGGAAAGGAGAUAUGGGCAAAGUUCAAAAAUUCACGUUCCGGAGGCGAGGAUAUUCAUAAGCGGCUAAUGAACCACUAUAAAGAAGUACCAGACUGGUGGUAUGGGGUUCUCACAGUCGUUGUUCUUGGCCUCGGUAUCUUCACUGUCCGCUACUGGGAAUCGGGCCUACCAGUAUGGGGUUUCAUUGUCGUCUGCUUCGGUAUGGGAGUCCUCCUGAUCGUGCCCGAGGGAAUUCUGGAAGGAACCACAAAUCAGCGAAUUUUCCUCAACAUCAUUACUGAACUGAUCGCCGGAUACGCGUGGCCCGGCAAGCCGAUCGCCAACAUGAUGGUGAAAUGUUACGGAUACAACUCGGUCAAGCACGGCAUGGACUUUGCGCAGGACUUGAAGCUCGGUCAGUACAUGAAGAUUCCUCCUCGAGUCCUCUUUGCGGGUCAAAUCUACGCAUCCGUUCUAGCCACUGCCACGCAAACCGGCGUGCUUCGAUGGAUGAUCGGCCAUAUUCCAAAUCUCUGUAGUUCGAAGAACACGCAGCGAUUCACAUGUGCCGGUGCCAAGGUGGUGUACAACGCUUCACUUAUCUGGGGCAGCAUCGGGCCCCAGCGCAUGUUCCAAGCUGGACAGGUGUACAACAGCAUCAUGUACUUUUUCCUGAUUGGUCCUGUGGUGACGGUCAUCGUCUACGGCUUCUACCGCAAGUACCCGAACAGCUGGGUACGAUACAUCAACGUGCCGAUCUUCUUCAACGCUGCCGGCAACAUCCCUCCAGCCAACACGACACAAUACUCCUUGUGGUUCAUCUUCGGUUUUCUAUUCAACUACCUCAUCCGUAAGCGUGCCUUUGCGUGGUGGAAGCGCUACAACUAUCUUCUCCAGGCUGCAAUGGAUACCGGCACUGCUCUCGCUACCGUGAUCAUCUUCUUCGCUCUGAGCUAUAACAACAUCAAACUGAGCUGGUGGGGGAAUAAUGUUGGAUCUAAUACCGAUGACUCGAAUUCAGUGCCAUAUUUGACCGUUCCUAGUGGUUCUCAUUUCGGAAAAGGUCCAGGGCAGUUCUAA